AUGCAUAGUCAAAUUACCAACGAUAUUGAGAAUUCCAUCUCCUUCGAUGACUCUCAAAGUCCAUCGUCAAUUCCAGAUGGGCUAAAAGAAGAGGACAGACCGGUCAACUGGCCCUCCUCCAAAAAAUGGUCCAUCGUAGUCAGUACCUCUCUCGCAACCUUUGUCGUCUCCUUCGGCAGCAGCGUCUACUCAGCUGCAAUCCCCCACAUCCAAACCCGAUUCAGCGUUUCACCCGAUACCGCCCUCCUAGGCAUAACCCUCUACGUUAUCGGCUUCGCCCUUGGUCCGAUGGCAUGGGGUCCCGCGUCGGAACUCUACGGCAAGCGAAGACCCCUGUUUCUAGGCUAUGCCAUCUUUUGCAUCUGCCAACUCCCCUGUGCCCUCGCGCAGAACAUGUCUCUGCUCUUGACGUUUCGGUUCCUUUCUGGUCUAGCUGGCUUUUCGAGCCUGGCUAUUCUUGGGGGUAUGUACGUUGACUUCCUCAACAGACCAGCCGAACGAGGGAUAUCCACGGCUGUUUUCAGCGUUGCGACUUUUUGCGGACCAACUGUUGGGCCUAUCAUUGGAAAUCUGGCGACUCUCAAGCUGGGCUGGCGCUGGACGGCGUGGCUUACUCUGAUAGGAGGUGUCGUCUUUGGGAGUGUCGCGUUUGUCCUGACCCCUGAAACGUCCGAGGUGGCGAUACUGCGCCAGAGAUUUAAGGGGAAUACAUCGGUUACCCAAUCUCGGAUAUACCGUCCAGAACGGGGUAUAUCGAUAUUUGUACAGAGCUACCUCACGAAACCUGUCAGGAUGUUUGUGCGGGAGCCAAUACUCAUCUUCUUCACCGUCUACAUGAGUCUCGCUUAUGGAAUUAUAUACCUCACUUUUACUAUGUACCCUCUUGCAUUUGUCACAGUCCGCGGAUGGUCCCGUAUGGACGGAAGUCUUCCGUUUAUCGGGAUGACCAUUGGCGUUGUCCUCGCGUGUAUAGGGAUUGCUCUGCAUAGCAUCUACUAUAUCCAGCAGAGCCGAGUUCAUGUGCCGGAACGACGUCUGCCGCCCAUGAUUGCCGGGUCCGUCCUCUUGUCCGCAGGCAUUUUCUGGUUCGGAUGGACUUCUAGCAGGUCAGUCCAUUGGCUGGCACAAGCUGCCGCUGGGGUUUUCCUUGGUAGCGGCUCCAUCCUGGUCUUGAUGUCUGGCGUGGUGUACCUGAUUGAGCCUCAAUCUUCUCUCGCUAUCCCGCCCAACAUAUCCUCACCGUUCAUUGCAAAUUAUCUGUCAAUUGAAGCAGACAUGUCAAAAACGCCGCCGAAAAAACGCCAGCGCACCGCGCAUGUCUUGCUCGACGAGAGCGACUUGUCUAAGAGAGGCUGUCUGGAGCCGCCAAGUUUUCUCGACACCUCGAGGCUUCAAGAACCCGGUUGGUUGAAUCCGAUAUCUUCUUCCAAUCCAAGCCAGCGGAACUCAUACAGUCCGUUCGCAUUGAGCGAUGCGGGAAGUUCGCGGCUAUCCCCUUUGAACUAUCAGCCAUCCGUUAAUGAGGAUGCCGCCAUUUUAUCUACCAACGAGUCUGAGCAAUGCUGCUUUGGAGAGCUUCUUAUCGAAUUCUCGUCACCGGCCACGUUGAGUAAAGAUCUACCAAAUGCUCCCAUUGAGCUCCGAUUCUCAGGCCAUGUGAUAAGCCUUCAUGUUGAAGGCUCUGGUAACUAUAUGGGUCGUAUAGAUUCCAAGGCCAUAGUCGAUCUCGUUCAAAAUUAUCAGGUGACGCUCGUUGCCAUUUUGGAAUGUCCACCUGUCAAAAAGAACAAGUCCAUCGAGUCGUUCCAAACGCCAAAAAUACUUCAUGUUGUCAUCUACGGCCUGCGUAAGGACAUGGAUGAUAUUGGUGACUUUCUGGAAGAUUCUGAACUCUUCCUCCAGCAUCCGACUGAAUACGAUACUCGCCUGGAGUAUUUGAACCCUCAGUACCUCUUAAGACCCGGCUCAACCAUUCCUAGAGCUGAUGGUGCGACCUUCCAAGCACUAGCAACCCAAAAUUCAUCAGACCAAGUCAUGGCGGAAAAGGCGAAGUGCGAAGUCCAUCAGGUGUUUGACUCUGCCAGCGGACCGUCGACAUUUACGCAAGUCCAACCAAGUCCCAGAUUAAGAACGAGUCUGAAAGAACAUCAAAAGAAGGCCCUUGCAAUGAUGGUCGAAAGGGACAGUGGUCUGCUUGAUGAUACGACGUUUCCUUCCCUAUGGGAUAUCGUUACUACGUCAGAUGGCCGCGUAGAGUAUCGUCAUACUAUCACGGGGCGAAAAGAAGUGAACCCCGUUCCAUUGUCUGGGGGUAUUCUUGCCGAUGAUAUGGGACUUGGAAAGACCCUGAGCACUCUCGCUUUGAUCAGUUGGUUUCUAGAUGUUAUGGACAAUGCAGAUGUCCCCGAGACUUGUCGCACGACACUAAUUGUUGCACCAAACUCUAGUAAGCACAUUGUACCUGAUCAGAUUCGAGUGGCGCUUUUCCAUGGACCUAUGAGAGACCAAUUGGCCAAGUCUCUCCUGGAGUACGAUGUUGUCCUCACCACCUACGGAACACUACAGUCUGAGUGGAAGUCAAGGAAAGAAUAUUCUCCUCUAUUCACACACACAUGGGCACGAGUCGUGCUUGACGAAGCCCAUCAUAUCCGUGAGCGGUCGACAAAGACUUUCAGGGCCGUCACUGCAUUACGAACCAGUCGAAGAUGGUGCCUCACCGGCACGCCCAUACAAAAUCGGCUCGACGACUAUGGGGCUCUACUGAGUUUCAUUGGAGUCCCACCAUUCAUCAGUAAAUCAGUAUUCGAUUUCUGGAUCAUCAAGCCGGUAGCCCAGGGCACUACGGAGGGGCUCAGACGGCUAAAACUACUUGUUAGUGCAACUUGUCUCCGCAGGACCAAAGACAGCGUGAGUGAAAGGCUAAGCCUUCCUGAUCGUAAGGAACGCGAGUGCAUUGUACAGUUGGAUCCAGAUGAUAGAGAGCUGUAUAAUUUCUUCAAGAGAAACGGUGCCCAUUUGGUUGCCAGCAGAGGGUUUGGUGCCUCAGAUACUGCUAACAAAACGGGGGGCAUUCUUCCGAUCAUCAACACCCUAAGACUCAUCUGCAAUCAUGGACAGAGUCUCCUCCCGAACUUCGCCCUUGAGGCCUGGAGCCGUCGGCAGAACCCAACAUCGGAUCCAGAUUUCAAUGCAAGAAAGUUUGGGCUCUGCAUAUCUUGCGGCGUGGAAGCAUUACCUACUGAGAUGGAAUCUGAAUUCGCCUGUUCUCAUUUCCUUUGCUCCAAAUGCGCAGAUUCAGAUGAAAGUUAUCAAAUCUCACUUGAUAGCGUUCUCUGUCCAAGCUGUACCAGGAAUGGGGAAUUAGCAGUUACCGACGCAGCUACAGACGAGGGAAGUUACCAACCGUCUGCCAAGAUGAGAGCACUCAUACAAAGUCUCCGUGUUGAGCAACAGGACAACCCUCCUACGUUUGGUAACAAACCUAUCAAGAGCGUCGUGUUCACUUUUUGGAGAAAAAUGCUAAACUUGCUCGAAUUUGCUCUCCGGAGCGAGGGCUUCCAGUUUGCGAGAAUAGAUGGACAAAAGUCUCUGGUAGAGAGGACUUCGGCAUUACAAUCAUUUCGCGACGACGACAGGUGCACUGUGAUUAUUGCCACGAUAGGAAGCAUUGGUGAGGGGGUCGACUUGACCGCUGCCAAUUUUGUCCACCUGGUUGAGCCGCAUUGGAACCCAAUGCUUGAGGAGCAAGCAAUAGACCGAGUGCAUAGAAUGGGUCAAACAAGAGACGUUGUUGCAACCCGGUACAUCACGAAUGACUCAAUAGAGAUGCUGGUUAAAGAUGUUAAGGAGAGGAAGCUGGAUCUUAUCAGCAGCACCUUAGGCCAUCUAGCCGGGCUAUUUAAUAGUCAUAAUUAG